AUGGACUUUUCGCCAGCCUUCGCCACGGGGCCUCCCAGCUCCCUCCAUAAGCCUUCCGUCGCGGGGCGAAUAGGCAACUGGCGAGCCCGGGCAGAUGAAGGUUUUCUCAUGCUGCCCAUCCCCGAGGAGGCCGAGCUCGUAGAGAUGAGCGCGGAGGCGGGUGCCUCGCGCGCGGCAUGGCGCGCGCAGGCGCUGCUGGGGAUAAUCCUGGGGGAGAAGGACAGCGCGUCGUUCAAGGAGGCGGAGACGAAGGGCGGCAGGGCAGCAGCGGGGGGAGCGGGGAUAGAGUGGGGAGCGGGGGACAAAGGCGAGGUGGCGGAGGCGGAGGCGGAGGCUGCGGCUGAGGCUGCGGCGACGGCUGCACUACGGCAUGCUAUGGCAGGGGCGACCAAGGACGCUUCGACACGUGUACUUAACGACUCCGCCGGAUAUAACGACACCGGCAAACCCGGCGUUACCGCAUGCGGCGGUGACGGCGGCGGCGGCGGCGGCGGUGCUGGUAAUAGUAACGUCUCGCGGUGGCGAGCUAUCGCAGCUGCUAUGCUGGGUAAACGGGCAGCGGAGCAGCCCCCGCCGGCAAUCCCAGCGUACGACGCUCGCGCAGCGAUGGAAAAUACGCUGAAGGCGGAACACGACUACGCGCGCUCGCCGAACACAUUCGAGGCGGCGCAAGGGGCUGCCCACGCGGAUUCCCACCAACCCAGGGGAGGCGGCGCAUGGUGGUCCGCCUGGUUCGGGGACAACGGCCGGGGCAGCGCGGAGCACGGGCGGCACUACGGAAGGAUGGCGCAGCAAAGUCAGGCGGAACUGCACACAAAACCAGAUGCGGCCGCGGCCGUAGCGCACCAAUCGGUGUACGCGACGAAACCACGCGAACUUGAGUUGAGCAAUCCGCCGUCCCCGUUUUCCGUCUCCCCGCCUUCGUCUGGCGCGUGCUCUCCGCCCACCUCCGCUUCCUCCUCGUCCUCCUCCGCAUCCUCCCCCGAAUCUUCCGCCUCAGCGCAAGAAGGCGCUCUGCCAGAGCCCUGCUACUUGCACGAGGAUGGCCGGGCGGGCGGGAGCGGGGCGGAAGGCGGCGGUAGCAGCGAAGGAUUUGGAGAAGGGGAGGCGGGCGGGCGGAGUAGGCCAGACGCGGAAGCCCCUGUGGUUGGCUCGUUCAUGGGCUUCGCCAUGCGCGGAGCAGCCGGAAGCGCAGCGGCGCGGAGGCGAGCGGCGGCCGUCCCGCGCGCGCAGCGGGAGGGGGAGUGGGCCGUGUGGGGGAUCGGGUUCGCGGUGUUUGCGCUGGUGAACGUGCAGCUCAUCACCGGGUGCGCGCUCCUCUGGCUCUGCCUCCCCGAGGCGUGGUCCGCCACCGCGCGCGCGGCAGUCGCGGGGUGCGCCAGCGCGCUCGUGGCGGCGCAGCUCGUGGGGAACGUCGUCGUGGCGGCGUUUGCGCGCGCGGCCGUGCUGCGGGAGUUUCUCAGACGGAAGAUGAAGGCCGCGGGAAAGGCGCAAGGGGUGGCGGUGGGGGGCCGGCGGGGCGCGGGGAGGGCGGAAGAUGGCGAGGCGGCGGAGGUCGCGGGGAGGGGAGAGGCGGUGGCGGCGUGCGGAGUGGCGUGCGCGCUGGAUGUGGAGCAGCUACUGGCGGAGCAGGGGGAAGGGGGAAACGAUGGCGGGGACAAGCAAAUGAUGAAGGGCUUCCACUCGCGCCCUCUGCUGGUCACGCAGCAGAGAGCAGCGCCCUGGAGAUGGUGCGGCUUCCUAGUGCCAGGCGACGGGCACGCGGCGAGCCAUCCAGGUGAGCAACACAGCACGUUGUGGAAGGGUGAGUGGGUGGGAGGAGAUGGGUGGGAGGAGGUGGGUGGGAGGAGGUGGGUGGGAGGAGGUGGGUGGGAGGAGAUGGGUGGGAGGAGGUGGGUGGGAGGAGGUGGGUGGGAGGAGGUGGGUGGGAGGAGGUGGGUGGGAGGAGGUGGGUGGGAGGAGGUGGGUGGGAGGAGGUGGGUGGGAGGAGAUGGGUGGGAGGAGAUGGAUGGGAGGAGAUGGAUGGGAGGAGAUGGGUGGGCGGAGAUGGAUGGGAGGAGAUGGGUGAGCGGAGAUGGAUGGGAAGAGAUGGGUGGGAGGAGGUGGAUGGCGAGUCAUUUAGACAGCCUUCUUUUAAACCACUCAACAUCCCCCUUCCCCUACUUCCCCCCUCCCUUUCCACUCAUCCUGCCCGCAUCAUCUGACACCCCGUUUCCUUGUCUCUCCUCCCCCGCACCCACCAUCUGGUGCAUGCAGGCCAUUGACAGCAGUGCGAGAGGGCGAUGUGGUCACUGCAAUUGGGAGCGCCGAGCGGGAUCCAUAUACAGGCACGCUGCAAGUAGUGCCGCUGGUGUAUCCGUGUAA